GGAAAGAUUCAUCACAAAUGAUUGCUCAAUGAACUGUACUUGCAUAGACACCUCAUCUGUGCUUUGCAAUUUCAUGGAAUGUAAACCCGAAGAGGAAUGCACAACUGCCAAUCAGAUCCGUGGAUGUUAUAUCCCAAGCCCGUGUCUAGAGAAUCCUUGUCAGAAUGGAGGUACCUGUAUGGAGACGCCAGGAGUAGGGAAUGGCACCAGUAUUAGUAGCUGUUUGUGCCCAAGUACUUACACUGGAUUGUACUGCGAGGAUGAAAAGGAAGCAAAUACAGUUGUAAUCUACAUAGUGAUUGGCGUAGUUGUUGGCGUGUUUGUUAUCAGCCUUGUGUUUAUGGUUGUUGCAUAUUUCUACCUCAAAUCCAGAAAACGCAAGAGUAAGUUUUUGGAUCCACCUGAUUCCUCUCAGCAUGAAAGCGACAGUGUAUCAGUCCGAUCAAUAAACAUGGCGUAUAAUGAGCCACAAAUCCAAUUGAAUUAUGCUGAGAACUUUAGGGAAGAUGGAGUUCAAGAAAUGCAUGGCAAGGACAAUGUUAAUGUAUAUUUGGAGAAUGAAGAAUGCGGCGCACAAGUUAAUCUAGGAUAUGAAGAUGAUGAUGCAAUUAAUGGACAUGUGAAUGAAACCGAUAAAGUGACUAUAUUUUAAAUUGCCCGAGGCAUUAAAAAUGACAUUUCAGUCUACAUAGGACAUUUCAGAUGUACAGUAUGUGACUUUGCCCAU